UUCAGAAUGCUUUUGCUGCUGUUGUCAAUCAAUCUGCUCGUAGCUGGUGUGCAGCUGGAGGAGCAGAUACUUUAUCCACCACAGUUCACCAGGGAGCGCAUUGUGGGCGGCGAGGAUGCGCCCGACGGCAUGGCACCCUAUCAGAUCUCACUUCAGAGCGCGACGAGUGGCCAGCACUCGUGUGGCGGCGCCAUCAUUGAAGAACGCUGGAUUUUGACUGCUGCGCACUGCAUCCAUGGCAAAACGCCCGAAGCAUUCCGCGUGCUAACAGGCACCCAGGACUUGAAGCAUAACGUGUCCAGGUACUACUAUGUAGACACAAUUCUUGAGCACUGCGACUACGAGCCCCGCAAGUAUCGCAACGAUAUAGCGCUGUUGCAUCUGAACGAAUCGAUUGUCUUUGACAAUGCCACGCAACCUGUGCAGCUCGAGCAUGAACCACUGCAGCCAGGUGAUUGGCUUCUGCUCACCGGCUGGGGCACCCUCUCACUGGGCGGCGAGGUGCCCGCCAAACUGCAACGCCUCGAGGUGGAGUAUGUGCCCUUCGAGGAGUGCCGCGAGGCGCAUGGCAACAGCAGCAACGUGGACAUUGGCCACGUCUGCACCUACAAUGACAAAGGGCGUGGCGCGUGUCACGGCGAUUCCGGUGGGCCGCUGGUGCACAAUGGCAAACUCGUGGCGCUUGUCAAUUGGGGAAUGCCCUGCGCCAAAGGCAAGCCGGAUGCCAGUGCCAGCAUUGCCUACUAUCACGACUUCAUACGCACUCAUCUCAGUCUGUUUGAGACGGCGGCAGCUGCAGGUAACGAGGAGCUAAAAGCUUGGAGAAAUAAAUCCCAUUGUCAUUAAGAAGGGACUUCCCAGAGAGAUAGAGAGAGAGAGAAAUAUAAAAAUAAAGUGCAUUUGUAAAAUGACAUCUUAGAUUAGACCAAGGAAGUCUCUUAAUAAAGUUGAUAAUAAACCAAACA